ACUUUUUUUUCGAUUGUGUGAAAUACUUUUGCUGUGUUUUUUCGCAUUAUUGACGCAUUAAUAUAAACAACAACAAAUCGAUCAAGUGAAUAAGCAGCUCGCAGGCAGCUGAUCAGUAUAGGUUAUGGUUUGUUGUGCGCCCUGUGCGCCUAUCACGCGGAUAAUAACAAAGACGUACCAAUUACAAGAAUAGAUCCAUAAAAGCAUCUAAUACGUCAUUACGUCCUACAACUCAAUAUUUUUCUCAAUAAGAAAUAAAACUUAAUUUUAAGACUGAAACCAUAAAACUGAGCACUUCAUUUACUUCGUCCACAAAGAAAAGUCCAUAGUUCUAACUGGGACAAGGUACAAGUGAUGGACAGUCAAGUGUGUGGAGACGGCAGAUUAUUAGAUCUGAUUGACGACGCCUGGAGGAAAGAAAAACUUCCCCUGGACGAGAUCCUCGUUCCAUUAUCCGAAUUACCUGAUCCUGAGAGCGACAAUGGUGACUCUCAUAUGACUCUGAAAGAACUUGAGCAAAAGUGGAACAAUCUAGCUCUCGGCACUCUCAGUGAAAAUCAUCUUCAUUCCCCGACCCCAUCCCACAACUGAUUUAAUUUCAACUUUAUCCAAAGAAUUUUCA